GACGACGGUGAAACGUCAUCACGUCGCUGCUCCUCCGUCGGGUUUCUGCGGGAAAACGAACGUGUUGAGAUGUUUUGAGAGGUUUCAGCAGGUCGGUGUUUCGCUUCUACAUGAAACCUGUGUUUAAAUAAUUCAGGUUAUUAUGGAGCCCAAGGGAGCUGAGUCUCAGCCAUCCGGCGUGGGGCCGGUUGAGGUGGUGAACUCUAUUCGGGAGCGAACGAUCACAGAGAACAGCAUGGUGAUCCUCCUGCAGGGCCUUCAGGGAGAGGUGACCACGGUGGACCUGAGGAACGAGAGCACGGCACGUGGACGCGUGGUCAACGUAGAUGCCUUCAUGAACGUACGGCUAGAGGACGUGUUGUACCGGGACCGGCGGGGUCAGCUCACACAGCUGCAGGACCUAUUCAUCACUGGCAGGAACAUCCGCUAUGUCCACAUCCCCGACCAUAUGGACAUAAUGAAGACCAUAGAGAGCCAGCUGGCCAAGAUUCACCGCGUCCGGAACUUCGGCAGUGAAGGCGGAGGCAGGAAAGAGUUUGCCAAGAAAACAAAAUGACUUUUUUUUAUUUUUUUUUACAUUUGGAAAAGACGCUGCUUGUGUAAGGUUCAGAGAUUAGAGGACAAACACCAGUCUAGACCAGUAGUUUACAUCCUGAGGGCCCACAAAGUGACUCCAGGGUCAAGAACAGGGAGAGAGAUCUUAGGUACAGUAGGAUAUAGUUACAGUCCUCCUUUUCAUUGUAAAAUACUGGAAACUGUCUUUAGUGCUAUAAAAACUGAACAGCUUGGAACCUGGGAUGAAAGGCCACAAUCUGGGUUUGAUUUCUUGUAAGGAUCACAAACUCGAAAGGCUGAUAUCAGUAAAUUGUUUAAAUGUUUAAAAAUAAAACUCCACAGACUGAUUUGUUUCCCUAUGUAAACACUGUAACAAUUCUUUUUAAUACAUUGCGGAUUAUUUCUUGGAUUAA